CACAGAGCCCAACCCUCCAACCCCAACCCCCACCUCCCUUCUUUUAUGACUGUUGCUUAACGCCACCCCCACCUUUCGUUUCUUUUGAAACACACCGCUCUGAUUUUUCGCGUGCCUACUUUUCUUCCAUGGAGUGCGCCGCCGAGAGCCACAGCCCCGACGCCAACCCCGACGGCGACAGCGGGCUGCAGCGACCGCACUCCUCGUCCUCGGCCGUCAAGCGCGCGCUCAAGCUCAUCCAAUCCGGCGACUCCGAUUGCAGGCUGGAGGCGGCGCGCGAGAUCCGGCGGCUGACGAAGAGCUCGCAGCGGUGUCGGCGCCAGCUCGCCCAAGCCGUGAAUCCGCUGGUCGCCAUGCUCCGAGCCGGCUCCCCCGAGUCCCACGAGGCCGCCCUCCUUGCGCUCCUCAACCUCGCCGUCAAAGACGAACAGAAUAAGAUCAGCAUUGUGGAAGCUGGUGCGUUGGAACCCAUAAUUAGUUUCCUCAAGUCAGAGGAUUUAAACCUACAGGAGUAUGCAGCUGCAUCUAUGCUUACUCUGUCUGCUUCAACCAUCAACAAGCCAAUUAUAAGUGCUUCUGGUGCCGUUCCUCUCCUUGUAGAAAUUCUUAGACAUGGAAGCCCACAAGCCAAGGCUGAUGCUGUAAUGGCCCUUUCCAAUCUGUCAACACACCCUGAUAAUAAUCUUCAGGUCAUUCUUGAAACAGAACCAAUCCCUUCAAUAGUUCAUUUGCUCAAAAGCUGCAAAAAACAUUCAAAAACCGCCGAAAAAUGCAGUGCUCUCAUAGAAUCUUUAGUGGGUUUCGAUGAGGGCAGAACAGCCUUGACAUCUGAAGAAGGUGGAGUACUUGCGGUUGUGGAGGUGCUUGAAAAUGGGUCUAUCCAAAGUCGGGAGCAUGCGGUUGGAGCAUUACUGACAAUGUGUCAAAGCGACCGAUGUAAAUAUAGGGAACCAAUUCUUAGAGAAGGUGUAAUACCUGGACUUCUUGAGCUCACUGUUCAAGGAACACCCAAGUCCCAGUCUAAAGCACAAAGGCUCUUGCAGUUACUGAGAGACUCUCCUUAUCCAAGAUCUGAGCUUCAACCUGACACACUGGAGAAUAUAGUGUGCAACAUUAUCUCUCAGAUUGAUGGAGAUGAACAAUCAGGUAAAGCAAAGAAGAUGCUGGCUGACAUGGUGCAAGUUAGCAUGGAGCAGAGCUUGAGACAUUUGCAGCAAAGGGCUCUUGUAUGCACGCCAACUGAUCUGCCUAUUGCUACUUGUACUUCUGAAGUUUCUUCAAAGCGAUUGUUUUAGUUGCGGCUUUGUUUUUUUCUUUUUCUUCUUCUUUUUUCCAUAUGGGGUUUGUAAGAUGUAAUUUUCCAUAGCGAGAAGAAAGAAAAUAAGGUAUAGUGAUGCCAGUCCAGGCCGUCUAUGUUGGUACCGGGUGACUGGUAAAACUGUCAAUAAACUUAAAAGUUGUAUGGUUUAAAGCAUAAUUUUGUAAAGAAAAUGUUGUAUGAAUGUUAUACAGAUGGUAAAGGUUUUCCUUC